AUGGAUGAAAGUAUAAUAUCAUCUUCUUUUUAUGUACCAAAUAUUUUAUCAUCUAAAGUAUUAAAAACUGUUAAAAUAGUAACAAUUUCUGUUGGUGGUAUUAUAUUAUUAAUAGGAGACUUUUUAUUACUUUUUGCUCAUUCACUUAAUAGUAAAUUUCUAGGAAAUGAUUUGGAUUAUGAAGCUAUAUCAUAUUAUGUAAACUUUGGUGGAAGACAAAUAUUUUAUUGUGUUAAUUUUACUAUAAUUAUUAUAUUUAUUUUAGCUAUUUGUAGUAAAAAUAUCAAUUUAUCAAUUAUAUAUAAUUUAUUUUCUAUAAUUCAAAUUUUUGGAAGAAUUAUUUGGUAUAUAGCAUUAAUAUUAUCUAUUUUUGCAAGAACUAUACUUGAUAUUAAAGAUGAACCAAAAAAAGAAAAUAAAGGUUUAAUUUUAAUAACAAUUGUUUUUUCAUAUGAAAUUAUUUAUUAUUUUUUUUCUUUUAUAUUUAUGAAAAUAUUUAUUAAGCAUUUAAGAAGACAUGAUCUUAAAGUUAGUAAUAGUUUAAAUUCUACUGCCGAAAUUUCAAAUUUUUCAAAUGAUUAUUCAUACCAUAAAUCAUUUUUUUCAACAGCUAAUGAUACAUUAAAUUUUGAACAUAUAUCAUGGUUGAAAUCAGACGAUUAUUCUUUAAAAAAUUGUUACAUUCAAAAUGAUAUUAAUAAUAAUAAUAAUAAUAAUAGUAUAUUGGAUAAUUCUGAAAUAAUAUCAAAUACUUUGAUUGAAAAAAAACCUAAUUUCUCAGAAAAUACAAAUAAAUAUUAUUUAAAUAAUUUAAUAAAAUUAGAUUAUAAGAAUUCAGAUAUUUCAUGGCAAUCUGACUGCUAA